AUAACUUGACAGUCGCGGUUUGCCACAUUCUCUCACAGUCAGUCAAAGCAACGGGCGGAAAGCAGCGGACAGCCAGUGUUACGGAUUACGGAAUAUACCGGGGACAAUACUACACAUUUCUCUUGCCGCCGUGCGUCCAGCCUGCUUAUAAAGUGUCAGCAUGUCCAGUGAGGUGCAGCCGAGGCCGGACGACAGCCCCAACACCAGUGGGGGAAGCUCGGACGCCGAGCAGAGGGAGGCGGCUCCCCCGGAGCAGCCGGGCCCCGAGCAGCGCGACCAGACCCAGCCCAAGAAGAAGGAGGCCAAAAUCUCCAGCAAGACGGCCGCCAAGCUCUCCACCAGCGCCAAGAGAAUCCAGAAAGAGCUUGCAGAGAUAACCUUGGACCCACCGCCAAAUUGCAGUGCCGGUCCCAAAGGAGACAACAUCUAUGAGUGGAGGUCGACCAUCCUGGGCCCCCCAGGCUCAGUGUACGAGGGGGGAGUGUUUUUCCUGGACAUCGCCUUCACCCCAGACUACCCCUUUAAACCACCGAAGGUGACGUUCCGUACGAGGAUCUACCACUGCAACAUCAACAGCCAGGGGGUGAUCUGUCUGGACAUCCUGAAGGACAACUGGAGUCCUGCCCUCACCAUCUCCAAGGUGCUGCUGUCCAUCUGCUCCCUGCUCACUGACUGCAACCCUGCCGACCCUCUGGUUGGAAGCAUCGCCACACAGUACCUGACCAACAGAGCCGAGCACGACAGGAUAGCCAAACAGUGGACCAAACGCUACGCCACAUAGACCGGCACCAAAUCCUGCAGGACCCCUCGCCCUACCCAACACACACACACACACACACACACACACACACACACACACACACACACACACACACACACACACACACACAAACACUGCUGACACCUCCCCUCCUCCCAAAUCUAUGGAAGCACACCCGCUCCUGUCAUCCACCCUGCUCCCCACCCCACCCCACCCCAGAGAAAUGAACUGUUAUUUGUUCCAUGCUGACUUGAAAAGCUUCUUUUUUAUACAAAGAGUCUAUUGGGAUUGUAUUUUCCAAUACACUGAAUGUUGAUAUGGUCAUGAAAAGCUUUAAUACUGUUAUUGUUCUCAUCGUUGUUGUUCUUCUUAUUGUUAUUGCAUUGUUUAUAACAUUGUGGCCACCCCCUCGUCAUCUUCUUAUCUAAAAAGCGUGCGUGUACUAUUCCCGUUUCAUGUGAUGGUUUCAUGUAAAAUGAUCAUACUGAGUGAGUGCAUUUAGUUUGUUUUUUUCUUUCUGUGGUUUUUACAGCUCAUGGUCAAUAUUAGUGCAUGGCAUCAGUAUAUGUGUUCAUGCAGUGGACAUGUAGUCAUGUAGUGUUAUUAUUUCUGUUCUGGCAUGGAGUAUGCCCAUCACCCUGUAUGACGAUAGUGGUAGUUUGCUGUACAUUUGAUGCCUAGUGAGAAUACAUACUCAUUGAAUAUUCAAUUAAACACUGGCUGUAAUGUGA